AUGGAAAGAAACAUACAAGCUGCCAUACUGCUGUAUAAAGAAGGAAGUAUGGGUUACCGUGAUGCUGCCAAGCAAUUAGGGAUAAAGCACACAACCCUUUUUUAUAGAAUUAAAAAGUUAAAAAACGUUGAAGGUAUAAUACAAAAUAGUGUUGACGAUAAUCGUUUUAAUUCCAAGUACACUGUUAACCAAAUUUUUAGUAAAGAACAGGAGGAAAUGUUAUUAAAAUACAUUUUAAGGUGUUCCCAAAUAAAUUAUGGCAUGACUUUGGUACAGAUUAGGAAACUAGCAUAUGAUUAUGCAGUAAAAGUAGAGUUAAAAAUUCCUGAUUCUUGGAAACUGAAUCUAACUGCAGGCAAUGACUGGCUUUAUUGUUUUAUGAAACGUCACCCUAGUUUAUCAAUAAGAAAACCAGAAAAAACAAGUCUGUCUCGAGCUACUUCUUUUAACAAAACUAAUGUUAUGUUUUUUUUUGAUUUAUAUGAGAAAGCUUUAAAAAAGUAUCCUGUAACACCGGAUAGAAUUUAUAAUAUCGAUGAAACAGGUGUGAGUACAGUAGUUGAUCCACCUAAUGUUGUGGCUCAGAAAGGUGUUCGACAAGUUGGACAAAAUGUCUCUGCAGAACGUGGUCAAAUGAUAACAGCAUGCAUGACUAUUAAUGCUGUUGGUCAAUCAUUGCCACCAGUUUUCAUAUUCCCUAGAGUAAGAAUGAGUGAUCUACUUAUGAUUGGAGCUCCUGACGGUAGCUUAGGACUUCCUAAUUCAACACAAAGUGCUUUGAUAAAUUCAGCUCUUUUUGUUAAAGUGCUUGAACACAUUAAAAAUCAUACUAGAUGUACUAAUGAAGACAAAAUUUUACUUUUAAUGGACAACCAUGAGUCACAUUGUUCACUUGAAGCUGUUAGUUAUGCUAAAGAAAAUGGUAUUGUAUUGGUAACAUUUCCUCCUCACUGCACACAUAAGUUGCAACCACUUGAUGUUGGAGUUUUUGGUCCAUUUAAAUCAAAACUUAAAAUUGCACAAAACGACUGGCUUACUAAUAAUCCUGGGAAAACUAUAAGAAUUCAUGAUUUGCCAAGCCUAACUAAAAUAGCUUUUAUAGAAUCUUUUUCAGUAAAAACUAUUGUUAAUGCGUUUGCCAAGCCUGGGAUAUGGCCGUUUUCAAGAUUAGCUUUUAGUGAAGAUGAUUUUGCUGCAGCUUAUGUUACAGAUAGACCUGACCCAAAUUCCACUCAAACUGUAAAUUUACAAAUUCAACCAGAUAUUAGUAUUUCUAGAAACAACCAACCAAAUGAAAAUGUAUGUGAUUUUGAUAUGAUAAAUUCUCAAACAGAAGUUCCUACUUUUACUGAUCUAUUAGUAAAUUCUACUGAACAAUGUUGCACUAAUAUUAAUGCUCAUUCUGUUACAAGUGCAGAAUUAGAUUCAACAAUACAUGAAGAAUUAAUAUCCCCAGAACAUGUGCGACCAUUUCCUAAAGCUGCACCUCGUGUUGAAAGGAAAGGGGGCAGAAAAAAAGGAAAGGCUAGAAUAUUAACUGAAACUCCUGAAAAAAUCCGAAUUGAACAAGAAACGCAAGAGAGAUUAUUAAAACGGAAACUUCCUGCAAUUGAUAAAAUUAAAAAGAAAAAGAAAUCUAAUAGCUCACAACCAACUACAAUUACAUCUAAAAAAGUAAAGAAAAAUCUCAAAAAAAGACUAUUCAGUUUUGAUUCCAAAAGUGAUACUGAUGAAAAUGAUCCUCCUAUGAUUUUAUUAAAUAACGAUUCAGAUAAUGAAAAUUUAAAUUGUCCUGUUCACUUUGGGGAUUUUGUAUUGGUUAAGUAUGAAGGUAAAAAAUUCUAUAAAUAUUUUGUUGGCUGUGUUGAAGAUAUUAACAAUGAUGACAUUGAAGUGUCUUUUUUAAAAAGAAAAAUGGGAGAUACUUUUUACUAUCCUACAGAUCAAGAAAUUGAUAAUGUACCUCAGAGUUGUAUAGAAAAAAUUUUGCCAAAGCCAAAACCUAUUGGGGGAA